GCCCAGAGCGAGGCUGGGGUAGGAAGGCCGACUGAGCUGGAGUCGUCCGCUUGUAGUGGAGGCUGCUAGGAGCCGGCCAGAGGGUGAGCGGGCGAGCUAGAGCAGGCAGGAGGGAGCGGCGCGCGGCGCAGAGGCGCGCCGGGGCCGGGCCGCGGCGGAACCACAGCCGGAGGGAGGCAGCCCGAGCCGGGCGCCGCGGGGUCCCCACCCCCACUCGGCCGGACAGUGCCCGGUGUUCCCCCGUGCGGGGGGCGGCGGCGGCGGCUGACGGGACCCGACAGGACCGCGGGGGUGUUGCCACCUCCACCGAGGAGCCGGCGCGGCCGCGGGCUCCUGAGAGCCGGGGCCCGGGGCCCGUGACAGACGGGCCGAGGAAGGGAGGGAGGCGGCGGCGGCGGCGCAGGCGACGGGGAGGCGGCGGCGGCGACACCAUGUCAUCCCCCAGUCCGGGCAAGAGGCGGAUGGACACGGACGUGGUCAAGCUCAUUGAGAGUAAACAUGAGGUUACGAUCCUGGGAGGACUCAAUGAAUUUGUAGUGAAGUUCUAUGGACCACAAGGAACACCGUAUGAAGGCGGAGUGUGGAAAGUUAGAGUGGAUCUUCCUGAUAAAUACCCUUUCAAAUCUCCAUCUAUAGGAUUCAUGAAUAAAAUUUUCCAUCCCAACAUUGAUGAAGCGUCAGGAACUGUGUGUCUAGAUGUAAUUAAUCAAACUUGGACAGCUCUCUAUGAUCUUACCAAUAUAUUUGAAUCCUUCCUGCCCCAGUUGUUGGCCUAUCCUAACCCCAUAGAUCCUCUCAAUGGUGAUGCUGCAGCCAUGUACCUCCACCGACCAGAAGAAUACAAGCAGAAAAUUAAAGAGUACAUCCAGAAAUACGCAACGGAGGAGGCACUGAAAGAGCAGGAAGAGGGCACCGGUGACAGCUCGUCGGAGAGUUCUAUGUCUGACUUUUCGGAAGAUGAGGCCCAGGAUAUGGAGUUGUAGUAGAAAAAGCACCUGCUUUUCAGAAAGACUAUUAUUUCCUAACCAUGAGAAGCAGACUAUAAUAUUCAUAUUUAAACAAAGCAAUUUUUUUUAUUACUAAACAAGGUUUUUAUGAAUAAUAGCAUUGAUAUAUAUAUAUUAUAUAUCACCCUUUAGAUCUUGAUUUCUUGGUCAUUUCUCAACCUGAGGUGCAUAGCAUAUUCCCACAUUCCACUUUGGUAGCAAUAUGCGGUCCGAAUGCAUGCAUUCAUAAGUCCACUCAGCCAAGUCAGCCUGUGUGCUGCUGAACUGUCAAAAGAAAUAGCCGCUCUGAUAGGUAGACAGGAGUAAAAUAACAGGAAAAAGUUGCUUCUUUUAUCGAUGGUUCCAAAGAAACAAACCAAACCAACCAGCUCUUGGAUGUGAAGAUAGAAUAGUGCUUUUUCAAAAUGGAAAGGGAAAAAUUGGGGAGGAAGAGGCCUGCCAUGGGAGCGCUUAGAGCCAGCCGUGUAAGAAUCAGAGCUGCUGCUUCCUGAAUCCUAGGUGGCCCCAUUUCUGUGGAGUAGCAGUAUGAAACAGGGAGUUCAUUGGAGAAUUAUUAAAACUUAAAACAAUCUUUUUUGACUCAGAUCUUAAAUACAUUUUUAUGUCUAUUCCUGCCCUUCACGCUACCAGGCCCUGCAGCCACAAGUGUUCUGCUUUGGGAAGUGUUUUCUGAACCCAAUUCUGUUUCCUGGGGUAGAGCUUGUAAUCCAGACCUUUCUUGUGAGGACAGGACAGGAGGAGAAAAGUGACUGGGACGAUGCUUCCUCUCAUCCAAAACACAUGCAAAGUCACAUCCUAAUGCUAGUGUUUGGCCAGUUUGAGACCGCUACCCUGGACUAAGAGCUUUAAAUGUGAGGGUUGUGGGGUUUUUUUGUUUUUGUUUUUUUUUGGUGGUGGUUUUUUUUUGGGGGGUGGGGAGGGUGGUGUGCGUGUGUGAAUUGUGCUUAGACAGGUUGCAGAUUUCAUCUUCACCUACCAAGAGAUGGCCUCCUCCUCAGACAAGCCUCUCAGUGGACCAUGAGACUUGGGAGGAAGACCCGUCUGGGGGCUGCGAAGCCCUGGGUACUUGCAUUCAUGUUUUGGUUUUGUUUUCCCUUUUCCUGCUGCUCUUGGCAGCAGCCUGGUCAUCAUCUGCUUGUGGGAGUGGGAAAUGGGUAUUUUAGGCCCAACACACAUUCUAAAUUUAAAAUGAAUAAUAAUUGGAACAAAUAAAGGUUCUUGUACCCAAAGUGACUCUACAUGAGAAAAACAAACACAGCUUUUUUCAGAAAGUGACUAAGUAGGAAGAAGGGAUUCAGAAAUAUAUGUAGUAGAACAGGUCCUGAAGGAAGAAACUAUUCUCUUCUGUGUAUGUUAAGAGGAAAUCGUUUCAAAGGCCUGCUGAUGAAAUGUUGACUCAGCUAACCAUAUGUCCAGGUGGCCACAGGGUUUGUUUCAAACCUGAGUGUUGCCUGCUGAAUCUGAAGGGCAGUUGGGAGAAGUUUUAGACAGCAGCUCUGUAUUCUUUUUUCGCUGCAACCGAUAGGAGAUGUAGUAGCAGAAUUAGCGAAUCCUAAAACCUUAAAGACAAUUUUUGAACAUCCCACUGGGAUAAUUUUUCUUUUUGAUUUGUGUUUUUAGUUUAGAAGUGCUAUAUUCCACAAGGUUUAAGUCAAUGAGGUUGGAAGAUACCCUAUCUUUUUUUAUUCAAAAAGCACAAUCAAUCUUUUCUUUGAAAAUCUAUAUAAAGUACAACUUGCUUUUAGCAUGAUUAUUUUCCUAAAUAAAAAGACAAAGAAUUUACUUACGUUAGUUACGGGCAUGAGGCAAAAGGUUUUCUUUAAAAAAAAAGUGCAGUUAUGUAGGGCUGUGGUUAGUUAACCGUACUGAGUUAUCUAUCUAGCAUCCGUGGCUUGUUGGAAGGGUAGUAUUAACUAUUUAACAUGUAAUGGUGUACUUUCACUCGUACCUAGCACGCUGUCUUCUCAUCGCUUUGGGGGAGGGAGGGUCUCUGCUGGCACUGUCUAACCUGCUUACCCGCUGACUUCGCAGUGUGCUUGUGCUAUAACCUUAUUGUAGGUGCUAUUUAGGGUAGGCUUAAAGUGCUGGGUGGUGAUUUGAGUUCAAACAAUAAAAAAAUUGUAUUUUUUCAA